AUGGCCCCGGUGGCUGCUGACAAGAAGACUGAGAAGUCCUAUUUGAGUUCCGCAGUUGAUUCGAUCAACCCUUGGGCUGCCAGUCGCAGUACAACCCCGAUUCAAAAGCCCAAAGCGGAACCGGAUAGUCUUCUGGCCGCGGCGCCUGCGAAUCCUGACGACCAUAGCACAACUCAUCUAUAUGGCCAGAGUUUCCGAACAUAUCCUUCAGGAUGCCCUGCACUGAAGGUUCAAUGGUUUCACGCCGUAGAUGUUCCUAAGCGAAAACCUAAACUAAGCCGUUCGACGGAACCUGAGCAAGUUUCCACGUUGCCCAAAAAAUUCAAUGCGUUUUCGACCUCAGACUCGAGAGCUCUUGAAGCUGAGUAUCAGAAGCUGCUCGAGAAAACGGAAAGUACUCGGAGCCAAGCUCUUGGAAGCACAAACGUGGCUACAAGAAAGCGCAAAGCAGAAGUAACAGGCGAUGCCACAGGUGAUAUCUCGGAUCAGGCUGCCGGCAUCCCAUGUUCACAGUCAACUGGCACUCGUGUCCCGGUGAACGAGGACUUCCUGUUUGACGUAGAUAUUGAAUCCCGUGAACUGGCCCCUGUCUAUUGGCUUGGGCCAGUUUAUAGUGUUCGACGCGGAACAUGGUUCUACCAAGAAGGCUCAAACCUGCGUCCUUGCGAGGAGAACCUAGCUGCCCAGCUUGAGGAGGGUUAUCUUAAAAUGAAGCCAUGGCUAUAUCCCACAAGGGAUCGUAGCCCAUCGGGUACGAGGCGAAAUAUGACACCAAAGGCGUCCCAAGAGAACCUAAGGUCAUCAACCAAGGGCCCAGUAGAGAACAUCGCCGUAUCGCAAGUUGGUGAUGCUUCACCAAUAGAGCCACCUUCCCGCGGCCAGACUGAACCUCAGUCGUAUCGCUUGUUUGGAAUACACAUGAACAAGGGCAUGCUUUCGUGGGUGGCUUCCUCUAUGUACCAAAGAUUCUCUGGCGGGAGUUAUAUGAGCGGAGUGAAACUGGUUCGCGGUUACUCAGAGCCUUCCAAGAACAAAGAAAAAGAUGCGGAAAAGGACAAAAGUGAUGAAAAUAAGUCUGAAACUGGCGAGGAUGUGUUACCAAAGGAUGAAAAACAACAAAAGGUGUUGAAACGAAGAUCUGCGCCGCCUUCGACCAGAGCAUCACAGGAAGAACCGACCCAAGAAGGUGUGAAAAACAGCCCCAGUCAAGACCCUAGGCAAUCAACACUCCAGCGACAACUAUCCUCUCUUCUUGAAAGUGAAGGCAAGACCAAGGCUGAAAAGGAGGAAGAAAUACGCCGGCGGCAAGAACAAGAAAUUCAAGAUGACUAUAAUGCGCAGGCCGGCGAGACCCAAGGACGUGAAAUAGAGCAUCUGGUGCUUGUCACUCACGGUAUAGGUCAGCUCCUCAGCUUAAGAAUGGAGAGUAUCAACUUUGUACAUGAUGUCAACGUCCUCCGCAAGACAAUCAAGUCCGUUUAUGCCAACUCGGCAGACUUGAAGGCAUUGAACUCGGAGCUGGGAGCAGGGCCAGGUAAUAGCAGAGUGCAGGUGCUCCCAGUCUGUUGGAGACACCUGCUAGACUUUCCCAAAAAGCGUGAGAAGAAAGGCGAGCGUGAUCUGGGGGAUCUCGAUGGUGACGAGGAUGAGUACCCAUCUUUAGAGGAUAUCACUAUUGAAGGUGUGGCUUUCGCCCGCUCCCUAAUUUCAGACCUUGCCUUGGAUGUUUUACUAUACCAAAGUUCGUACCGAGCUCAGAUUUCGAAGAUUGUUCUCAACGAAUGCAACAGAAUCUUCAAAUUGUUCAGAGAACGGAACCCGGAGUUUCGGGGCAAGGUGCAUCUGAUGGGCCACUCUUUAGGUUCGGCUAUCCUUUUCGACCUGCUGUGCCAACAGAGACGGGACCAGGCCCCAGUCUCGAGAUCAAUUCUGAGGCUAUGGCCAGCUCAGGAUAUUCCCGAAACACCCAGCAAAGACUCUGAUCUCAACCUAGAAUUCAAGGUUGAGGACUUCUUCUGUAUCGGGUCUCCGAUAGGCCUCUUUCAGAUGCUUAAGGGGCAGACGAUAGCAGCCAGACAAAACAUUCCAGCGGGCAAUGUCAUAAAUGACACAGGAGCAGGCACUUCAGAUGACAUUCUUCGCCCUGCCCCGCUUGCUUUAGGAUCAGGGCAGAUCUCCUCGGUGACUGGCCUUCCUGCGUCUGUUGCGUCACCAAAGGUUCAGCAGCUUUUCAAUAUCUUCCAUCCGUCAGACCCUAUUAGCUACCGCCUAGAGCCCCUGAUCUCGCCCUCUAUGUCAACAUUGAAGCCCCAGUUGCUACCUUACACGAAGAGAGGGAUCUUUGGCAAUGUUGCACCGCAGGGAUUAACAGGAAUCGGAGCCAAAGUUGGCCAGAGUGUCAGUGGAUUGUGGUCAAGCCUCAGUGCUGGCAUUGCCAGCAAUCUACUCAAUCGUUCUCUCGGGUUGAGCAGCGAAGAAGUGGCGCGACUUACGGCCAACGCAAGUCAAGGAGACAACGCUGAUGCUGCAGGAACUAAGCUGGUAACGAACCGAGACGUCUCCAGUGCCGCGGAAAAGUUGGAGGCAACAGAUGCACGAAUGAAAAAGCUCGCAGACUCUGCAACUGGCAACGUCGGACUUGACUUGAACAACGGAGAUCGUAAUCCAACACUGAUCGAUGACGAGAUUGAAACUUUGUAUUCUAGUUUCCAGAAAAGUCGCCAACGACCGACAAAAGACGAGGAUAAUGCAACGACAGCAGCAGAUGAAGAUAAGAAGGCGCGCAAGAUGCGCAACGAGGAGGCCAAAGUUCGAGCGCUUAACCGUAACGGCAGAGUUGAUUACAGUAUUCAAGAAAGUGUCCUCGACUUCAACCCGAUUAAUACGAUUGCAUCACACAUGGCAUACUGGGGCGACGAAGACGUAAAUCAUUUUGUUUUGUCGCAGUUAUUAUCGAGCCGAUCGAGCUUCAAAAGCAACCCCGGAGACUCGACUACGAAAGAGUCAACAUGA